AUGGGCGUCGAUACAGAUCAGGACAGCGAGCUGAGCGACCCGCCUACGGAUCUCUUAAGCGAAGACGGCGAGUCAAAAUUUAACAAGCACAAGGGCCGACCGGAAGCCUCUGACUUAGAUCAGGCAGACUUCGACACCGAUCUGGAGACUGAUCAGGCCACCGCUGCUGAUGGUUUUGGGGAGGACAGUGGGUACGAGGCUCAGAAUGAGUCCGAAGAAGAUGAUGAACGUGUGGAGCACGUCGAAUCACUCGAGGACUCCGAAGAUGAAUGGCUUCCGUUCACCCGCACAACAAGCUCCAAGGCAACUGCGCUGCCACUCAAGAAGACGAAGAAGGCGUCUAAGACUAAGAAGGAUACCAAGACUAACUACACAAAACAUUACCUCUGUCCUUGGCCCGCCUGCGGCCAACGCUUCGGUCGCAAAGACCAUCUCAAGCGACAUGUGGACAGUCAUAGUGAGACGAAGUCUUUCAGGUGCCCGGCGCCUUUUUGCGGCCAUGCGACGAAGCGCAAGGAUAACCUCAAAGAGCAUUUGAAGCUUCGACACAAUUUAAGUGCAACAGCGGCCGCACGAGGCGUUGACCAGGCGGCUCGAGCUGCUGUUGCAGAAACACAUGCUCUUGCUGCUACUGUUAAUGCAGCAAUAGCAGCUGCGGAGCGCAUUAGAGAUGCUGGGUCUAGUCGGAAAGUCGCUAACGGUAGUGGCGGUAUGAAGAAGGGCCGCAGCGGCGCCGCAACUAGCAGCAGGAAACCGAAAGUUGCCACGAGCAGCGAAGGUGCUAGACAGACUGGCACAGGACAACAAGCUGCAAUUGACUAUGAGGGCCAGACCAAGGACGAGAACCAGAGCGGCGCUAUGAACAGCAAUCGAGGUGCACGUGUUGGCUCAGCCAGCAACGACGACGAUGAUAAUAACGACAUUGACGAGAGGGAGACUGUCAGGAGGAACAUGAAGAGGAAGCGAGGCGAGAGUAACGAGGACAUCGUUGGAAGCAAGAAGGCGAGGAACGGGAAGGACGUGGCGGUCUAA